AUGCUCUCCGACGGUGCACUUCCGAACCUCCAUACAUUAGAGUGUCAUGCCCCGACCACGGCUGCAAUUCUCGGAAACCCUCGAGCGGUUACGAGCAUCCGGAAGAUCCGUGGACUCAACCUGGAUGGUGAAGCCCCCUGGAAAUGGGACUAUCUUCCUAAUGCAGACGACCCAGACGAACCAUAUGACGAUGACCUCAACCCAGUAACGCUCAAAUGGAGGGAAGAGUUAGUGGAGGGCAUCAAGACCCAUCCAUCUAUAAUGACGAUAGAGUGUUGUCACAUCACGGAGCUUUCGAUUACCGACGGCUCGGAGGAACUUCCCGCGGAGCAGUGGUUCCAGGCUCUGGCGUGCUUCCCCCACUUGCAGCGCGUCAGAUGCACUCCCCUGUUGCCGCAGGACAACAGCGCACUGGGCCCGUUCAUGCAAAGGCUGCUGGAGGCGUGCCCGGAUCUGCAAAUAAGAUCUGAGGAAGUCCAGAGAAUCAGCACGUCUGACACCCCUACAAGUCGCGCCUCUGGGGAACACAAUGUGGUCAUCGCAUACGAAGCACCCCAAGCAGACAUGGAUAUGCAGCCCCGUACCUAUAGCGGGAGUACCAACAUGCUAUCAGUGCCACCAACCUAUGUCGGACCAUUUGUUGCCAACAUGAUGCAGCGGGCAGGCACGGCCCUGACGCAAGUACUAUAUGGAAGACAUCCAUCUGUCGAGGGCAAUGGAAAUUAUGCACCGGAAUAUGCACCAGGAACUCGCGGCCGCAUUCAGGACGCAACCCCCGGCCUCGCACGCCCACCCGCGAGUAAUGGCGGCGGGUCAGCAAAAGGCACUAAACAAUGUUCGAAUGCUGGGAAAGCUAUCGACCGCGAGGGCUUUCAAGAUGGGGAGGCGUACCAGAAAGGGAGGAAGCGUCGACUAGACCCAAGCAAGGGUCACGAAGAACAAGGAACGGCGACUACUUCGACUUCCCCGAGCAAGCGCAGGCGCACCUCCCCUCCAGCUGUAGAGCCGGGUAGUCAUUCAGAGUCCGUGCAGGUGGUUCACGGUCCCCGUCCGACUACCACACGAGUUCCCGGCGACGUUGAAGUCAAUCUUCCGGUUUCCACCUCAAAUACUAAGAGAAGGAGGGACGACAAUGACUGUGAGGAGCUGUACACCCCUAGGCAUAAUUCUAACAACUUGGCCCAAGUCCCGGAGCAGCAGCCACGCCCAUCCAAGAGGCUUCGAGAGGAUGCUGGGGAGCGAACAGAUGUCAAAGGCACCAAGAUCACGGGAAACAAUACCGCGCUUUCACAAGAAAGCUUAACUCAACUAACCAACCUUGGUUACAGCGCAGAACCGGUUGAUGACCGGAAAGAAUCAGUACAAGUCGAGGAAGACACUCUGGGAAUGGACUAUCCGUUCCAAAUGAACCCUUGGCCCAACAUACGUGAUCGUAAGCCGUGGGUGGUCUCGCCGCCGAGGAAGGAGACGUCGAUACGCCCUGAUCCCGCAUUCGAGUUUCUCCCGAACACCUGGGAUGCAUUGGGGUAUGGAUAUUAUGAAUACGAUCCUGAGGAGAGGUUAUUAGCGUCGAGUAUACCUCUUUAA